GCCGCCUUUUAUCGGGCGGGCGGCGAGGCGGGGAGUUUAUUGGAGCCGGAGCCGCGCUGCUGCCGGGGUGGGCAGCGAGCUCGGCGGAGGGCGGGGGGCCCGGCGCGGCCCGGGACGAUGCUGCGGCUGGUGUCGCUGAAGUUGGGGCGGCUGUACCGCUACGUGAAGCUGGCGGUGCUGGGCAGCCUGGCGGCGGCGCUGGUGCUGAACACGCACUCGCUGCUGGCCUCGCUGCAGCGCAACGAGCUGUCGGAGCGGCGCUUCCUGCAGCUCAAUAAGUGCCCGGCCUGCUGGGGCACCAGCUGGUGCCGCAAGUUCCUCAACGGGCAGCUGCGGCUGGAGAGCUGGGGCCGCCUGCGCCUGCUGGACUUCUUCAACGUGAAGAACGUGUACUUCGCGCGGUACGGGGAGCCCCGCGAGGGCUCCCGCCGCGUCGUGCUCAAGCGCCUGGGCUCGGCGCAGGAGCUCGCCGACAUCGACACCAAGAUCUGCCGCCGCGCCACCGGCAGGGGCCGCUGCGACCUGCUGCAGGCGCUGCCCGCCACCGAGUUCGCCAGCCUGAACGGCGACGUGCGGCUGCUCACCCCCGGCGCCGUGGAGGGCUGGUCCGACCUGGUGCACUGCCCCUCGCAGCGCCUGCUCGACCGCCUGGUGCGCCGCUACGCCGAGACCAAGGACUCGGGCAGCUUUCUGCUGCGCAACCUGAAAGACUCGGAGCGCAUGCAGCUCCUCAUCACCCUCGCCUUCAACCCCGAGCCGCUGGUGCUGCAGAGUUUUCCAUCUGAUGAGGGCUGGCCAUUUGCAAAGUACUUGGGAGCAUGUGGAAGAAUGGUGGCUGUCAACUACGUGGGAGAAGAGCUGUGGAGUUACUUCAAUGCACCAUGGGAGAAACGAGUGGAUCUGGCCUGGCAACUAAUGGAAAUAGCUGAGCAGCUGACAAAUAAUGACUUUGAAUUUGCACUCUACCUCCUUGAUGUCAGCUUCGACAACUUUGCAGUGGGACCAAGAGAUGGGAAAGUUAUCAUUGUAGAUGCAGAAAACGUUCUGGUAGCAGACAAAAGGUUGAUCAGACAAAAUAAACCUGAGAACUGGGACGUGUGGUACGAGAGCAAGUUUGAUGACUGUGAUAAAGAAGCUUGUCUGUCCUUCUCUAAAGAGAUUCUUUGUGCUCGUGUCACUGUGGACCACAACUAUUACGCCAUUUGUCAGAACCUUUUGUCCAGACAUGCCACGUGGCGGGGCACCUCGGGGGGGCUCCUGCACGACCCCCCAGCUGAGAUUGCCAAAGAUGGGCGUCUGGAGGCCCUGCUGGAUGAGUGUGCCAACCCAAAGAAGAGAUAUGGUCGAUUCCAAGCCGCCAAGGAGCUCCGGGAGUACCUUGCACAACUCAGUAACAACGUGAGGUAGUCCACAGUGAAACUCUUCUGCAACACUGGCUAAAACGCUAUUGCAAAGACACAUAGAAAACAGAAGUUUGGGAUUCCUGUGUUAAAAAGAGAGAAUAAAAAAUCCUAGUUUAUCAGUUUUCUAAAUACUGUAAAAAGAAUUUUAUGGUGUUACAAUGUUCCUUUGCAAACAAACAAGGUACUUACUGAAUUAAAACUUGAGCUACUAUUGACUGUCCUCCCUAACUGUUUAAAAGGGAGUAGGUCACAAAAGACUGUGAUAGCUUAAUUGACAGCUCGUGUGUCAAAGGGUACUUUACAUAGAACUGCAUUAGUGUCACAGUUUUGUGAAACUGAUGUUCUUACUUGGAAAGUCAAGUUAGACUGGUGGCCUGUUUUAAAGGCCUUUUUCCUGACAUCGUCUCAUUUUUGUGUUUGUUUAAACACCUUGAAGUGGCAUUUACAUCCAGGUAAAUCUAGCUGUCUGCAUUGUUUCAAGCUGAACAGGCUUUCAUGUUAAUGCCAUGCACAACAUUCCUACUGUGAGUGCAGGAUUCCAGAGUUUACUGUCUGAUUUUAGGGGGUUUUACACUGUAUUUUACUAUGCUUAGACAUUGUGGUUUGUUUUUUUAAGAUCAUCAUAAGCUCAAAUCUCACUUGAACUAACAUUAAUGUCUUCUGUGGUUCUGCCAUUGGAAAUAUCACUUAAUGUAACUGUUGUACAAAACUUACCCUUCAUGCCAGUAUAUGUACAUGGCUCUUUAACAGGAAAUCAUGGUAUGAACAAACUCUAAUUUUGAACAGAGAUAAUUUGAAAAUUGGAAAGACACUACAAUAAAAAGAGAUGUGUUAAUUUAAAUUGGGGAUACAAGAAUGAUAAAAAAUAAAAAAUCACUAGUCUGGUGUAGUUUAAGUAUAAGCCAAAGAAAAUGGUUUUGUUCAUUAGUUUUUGAACAUGUAGUAAACAAAGAAUGCUAUACUGUAGUGAAGCUAAUAAUUUUCACAUUUCAGAUUUUGAUGGUCCUUGGUUCUCUGAAGUACUUCUGAAACUGUGUACUUAAGUGAGAGAAAACCCUAAUUUGAAUAAUAAUGUCAAGCAAGUUAGCAGUUUGUUUUACAUCCUUCCCAAGAGUGUUGAAUGGAAUUUUCUGAAUAUUCAUCCUUUGGUUUACCAGUAAGCUGUGCUCACUCUAGGUACCUUUUCUUGAGCUAAGUUUGACUAUUCCCAGUACAGUUGAAAUUGACUUGUUGAGGUUUGUGUAAAUAUGGAGUUGUUCUCAUAAAUCACAGUUUUUAUAAAAGCCUCAGUUACUGCUACAAGAACUCACCUGAAAGCUUGCUCCUCAGAUUUUUGUUUUUGCUUUUUUAUUACAGCUACUAUGCUUCAUUUUCCUAAAAUCUUGUUCAUACAAAGAUACUCUUAGGAAAUGUGUGCAUAUUACUUCUAGUAACAGUAAUGAAGGAGAUUAAUAUUUCUUAAGUGUGUGUAUAAAACACUAUUUUGUACAAGCUAAACUCAAUUCUGAGCAAGGUAAAGUGUGCUACUUCUGAGAGCAGAGCUGCUCUGCCUCCUGCACUGCAUUGAAGCCUGAUGGAAGUUGUUCUGCCAGUGAGGAAAAUGGCAAACUCACUGAGUUGCCCUCCUUUCUCAAAGCUCAGAGUGGAGUCACACAGGGAUGCAGAAUGCUCUUUGAUUUCCUAGGUCACUGUAUUUUGAGGGCAGAGUUUAAUGGUGAACAUGGUGGUGGUGCUGGGUUGCUGGUUGACUUGAUGAUCUUAAAAGUCUUUUCCAACUUUAAAGAUUCUAUGAUUUAGGAUAUUUUAGAAUUGGAAAUUCUCACUCUAAUGUCAUCAUUGCCUUUGUAGUCUUAAUUUGUUCCCAGUCCCUUGUCUUUUUUUCUGAAGUUAGAAUGCCCAGUGCAGUUUUAAUUUCUCCCCUCAUUUGAACAGUUUGAUGUGCUUGUUCUGGCAUAAGCUGUUGGAGAACGUUCAUGUUACUGUUCUUCAUAAGAUCCACUUAUUUGAAGAAGAUAGACUAACCCUCUGACUAGGUACUACCACCCUACCAUAAAAGCCUUGACUUACCACUACAGUUGAUUUUUAAACAUCUACCACAUUUCCCAAGGGGAGAGUGGACUAUGAUUGUUAAAGUUGUGAAAGAAACAAACACUGCCAGUUUUGGUUACUACUUGAGACAGUUCUGUAACUGUCAGAAUGUUCUCUUAGAUUUUCUUUGGGGUUUAGUCCCUCCAGAAACAAGUUACUAAAGCCACUUGUAAAAGGAGCUUGGAAGUUAAAGGAAAAUAAACCCCCUAAACCCUCACUACAACAAAAUCACUACAGGGAAAACAUUGUGGAGAGCAAUAAAUCUUGUUCCAUUUGCACCUGUCAGAUAUUUAUUGUACAAUAACAAUUUAUAUUUUUAGUCAUUGCCCAUUAUUAUUGAUGAACAUGGUGAAAUAUUUUUGAAUGAGAUGUUUGGGAUUUGUAUGUGCAUUAAAAUUGUCCUUUUGUACUGUAAGUUACUGUUUGUUUGGAAUAUUUUAUCAAAACUGUCUCCCUGUGCCUUUAUAUUACAAGAAAGUUGUUUCUGCAACUUCUAACGAUAUUAAUAAAGAAUACUUUAAGAACCUCA